AUGUCUGCUGUCAGCUGUCUGCUGACUGAAGAUCAGUUUCUCUGCUCCAUCUGUCUGGAUGUGUUCACUGAUCCAGUCACCAUACCAUGUGGACACAACUUCUGUAAAACCUGCAUCACUAAACACUGGAAUAUUAAUGUCCCGUGUCAGUGUCCCAACUGUAAAGAGGAUUUUAACAUGAAACCUAAGCUGCAGGUCAACACUUUCAUCUCUGAGAUGGCUGCUCAGUUCAGACAGUCGGCUCAACAGGAAGCCAGCAGCAGAAGCACUUUCUCAGGAUUCGUUAAGAAGACCUGGAUGUUCUUCCUGGUGUGUCUGAUGUGUGUCUUCAUGGCCUGGGUGGUGUCAGAACAAAAGAAACACGGUGUUGUUCUUCUGAAAGAAGAAUAUGAAGCAAAGAAGAUCGAGCUGUCCAAGACACAGGCUGAAAUUCUGCAGAUGAUCCAGAAGGAGAUCAAACACUCAAUGGAGCUCAGUAAGGAAGACACAAACAGACAGAUGUUCACUCUGAAGGAGUCUUUCGAGAGAAGCCAGGCUGAGCUCAUCGAGACGAUCAAAGAGAAACAUAAAACAACAGAGAAACUGGCUGAAGGCUUCAACAAUGAUAUGAAACAGGAAAUCUCUGAGCUGAAGAAGAUAAGCACUGAGGUGGAGCAGUUCUACAAGGCUCAGCUGGAAAAACUCAGUGAACAGAUCAUGAAACUGCUCCCUGAGUCUGAUCUGAAGAGGGUCCAGCAGCAUGAAGUGGAUGUGACUCUUGAUCCUGAUACAGCACAUCCUAGACUCAUCCUGUCUGAAGAUGGAAAACAAGUACAUGAUAGUGAUGUUACGAAGAAUCUCCCAGACAAUCCAGAAAGAUAUGAGACACAUGUUUUUGUCUUGGCAAAGCAAAGUUUUUCUUCAGGAAGAUUUUAUUACGAGGUUCAGGUUAAAGGGAAGACUGCGUGGUUAUUUGGAGUGGCCAGAGAGUCGAUCAACAGGAAGGGACAAAUCACAGUGAGCCCUCAGGAUGGUUACUGGGCGAUAUGGUUGGGGAAUGCCAAUGAGAACAGAGCUCUCGAUGACCCUGCAGUCCUCCUCUCUCUGAAGUCUCAGCCUCAGAAGGUGGGGGUGUUUGUGGAUUAUGAGGAGGGUCUGGUCUCCUUUUAUGAUGUUGAUGCUGAAGCUCUUAUCUACUCCUUUACUGACUGCUCCUUCACUGAGAAACUCUACCCAUUCUUCAGUCCCUGUCUUAAUGAUGAUGGUAAAAACUCUGCCCCUCUGAUUAUCUCUCCUGUCAGCCACUGA